AUGACGACCUCGGCCGAGAGAUGCAUCCACCCGGGUUGCGUAUCGGCCGCGCUGCACGCCCUGAGAGGCCGCGAAGGCCUGCGGCGCGUCUGCGCCCGCCACCUCACGAGCUUCUCCGCCGUCGGGGACUCGGAAGACAUCGCCGCCGCUGCGCCCGGGUCGGACCAUGUCGACGCGGUGGCGGCGUCGGCGGCGACAAGCAGCAUCAUGAUGGCGGACGAGGACGACGAUAGCCCACCAAGGCGCGGCCCUUACCGCAAGGGGAAUUUAUUCAACGGUGGCGGUUUGUUCGAGGGGAGCGGCGGCGGCGGCGGCGGCGGUGCCGGUGGCCGUGGCGACAGCCGGGCAUACUCCUCCGGGCUGCUGCCGCCACCCGCGCCGACGGCUAGAGACGAUGGGGAUGCACCCACCGCCGGCGACGGCAGUGAUGACGACGAUGCCGAGCCCAUCGAUUUCCGGCUAAAGCGGGCCCGUACCGCCAACCACCGGGAUGGCAACGACCAGCAUGAAGCAGAGGAGGAGGAGGAGGAGGAGGAGGAGGAGGAGCGGAGCAGCAGUAGCCCUCAAGCACUACUGCUCCCCGCGGGCAAAGCGAGAGGCGCCCCGGGGUCGGAUUUGCUGGGGAGGAUGGCGACGGAGAGUCCCGGGGCCGGGUUCAGGAUGCUGCUGCAGACGGACACCGGGUGGACCCGCUGGAACUGGCACACCGCCCUCGACCGCACUCGCACGACGCUCCAAAACGUUGGCGAAUGAGGGUGGUCGUCGCCAUCCCUGCUGCUGCUGCUGCUGCUGCUGCUGCUGCUGCUGCUUGGGCAAAUGUUGGCGGCUGAGGGAUUUCGGCCACUGCCGCUUGAGAAAGAGGGACUGCCUAGAAAUGGAUGCUUAAGACUAUGACACGCCGCCCUCAGCCGCCCCCGCACAACGCUCCGUGACGCUGACGGUCAUCGUUCAAGACGCCGCUUGAGAACAGCAAGCGGGACUCCCUAUACUAGAUAACUUUUAUUUUUCCGUUUGAUUCUAUGCAUGUUUUUGCAGCAUUGGGGAGUUUUUGCAGCAGCAGCAGCAGCAGCAGGACGAUCUUAUGUCUGUAUACGGGAAGGUGUGGUGUUUGUCAAAAACCGAUAGGAAAGAGUGAACGAGAUACGUGUGGUUUUUCCUUUUGUGAGAAAUUGUCAGUCACCCUGCUAGAGGCAGGAGGAGGAUUGGGAGAAAGUGUGCUUGUAUGUAUAUAGGACCGCGAGUUUGUAAUGUUAGACUACAGUAGCCAUGAUUUCGGCAUCGUGUUUGCGAUCAAAGUUUUAAGUAGUGGCAUCGGCCGAGUUAGACCCAGGAGAGGCUAAUGUGGGUAUUCUUUAACUGUGGUUACAAAUUGGAAGCAGAGAUGUUGAAUAUUGUAGUAUGCAUAGACUGAGUUGAUGUACAAGGUAUGCUCGCAGGAGAUUGAAAAAAACGUGUGAUUCUGAUAAAUGAAAUUUUUCCCGUCUAGUAAUUGAUAGUAGGUGUCUCGAUGGGGAGUCGUCUGCUGAUGAGAGAUCACAGGCAAGCCUUCUGUCAAAAAUAUCAAUUGUGAGUUAUUUUUACGAAACCAAAUUUGUUGACUGUAACGGCGUUCCUAAGGUGCAUUUUUUUGAGUUUGUAUUGGAUACGGAAAAAUGAUGAAAAGAUAGAAAACCGGUGGGAAAUAAAGGUUUUGUUGUUAAACCACGGAUGAGUGGGGCUAUGGCUCCGCAGCUCAUUUUUCAGGAUCCGAUGACGAUUGAUUGUACUUUCGUGAGGGAGGGGGCUGCCAGAUAUUCCUAGGGAACCACUGCAUUUCGGAACCUUUCUGCAAAAAGUGCAAGGCGAACCGGCGCGCGAGGGAUGCUGGGGCGUAGCAGCAUUUUUUGUUGGUGUUCAUCAUGCAGUAACGGCCCUUCACCAAGUGGACGUUUGGAGGCUCUCUUGGUGCACGAUGUCGAGUGAAACUCGGCGCAGAGGUUGAAUGGGGGGGGGUGUUCUCGGUGUCGUACAUACAGUCGUUAGACCAUGGAUCUCGCAUCCCUACCAAGCCGGGAUGGAGCACGCCGGGUUCUCACAGGUGCAGGCUCUCGCAUCACCAAGCGCGAAGCGCCGUGAGGUAUUCGGCAAGGUUGAAGGGGGGAAGAAUGUGAUACUGGCUUACAUACACGCAUGUCUUCGGGGUGAUGGGUACGGUGGGGGUUGCACACUGCUUUGUCGCCCCCAUCUUGGUGUCGAGUUGUAGGCGUUUCCCCAUUUUGUAUUUUUUCCGAAAAAACAAGGCUCCCCGUAUUACGCAAAAGCAUGUGUGUGCUCAUUUUCUGGGCCGAUGAUGCUCGAAAAAAGGCCCAAACUGCCGUUUGUGCUCGUUUUUCUGCCAACUUUGCUCUCAAUUCGGUCAAAUAUGUUCGACUAGAUUAAUUAAUGCCCAAAUUUUUCGAUGCUUUUUUGUGCUUUUUGACGCUCGAGCGUGAUGGGGAAAUGCCUGUUGAGUUGAGUCUGUUGGCAUUCACCCUCUGGUGAUGGAGUUCUUCCAUGUCCUUCGUUGCGUUAAGACUGCGGCUGCUGCUCGCUUCCACGCCCUGCGCUCUCUCGGUUGUGGUAUUUCGAGGUGCAGCGGCGUGAUGGUGGUGCCGGUCUGUUCCCGUAGAUAUCUGGCGUUUUCACUCGUCGAUGUGUUGUUUUGUCGUUGUGAUGAAUUUCUCCGAGUCGUGUUACCCUGUUUCCCUUCUGCUGCAAGACUGCUGCCCAUCGACCACGCCAGUCAAGUGGAAAAUGUAUGAUCCUUCGCGUUGCAGUCGUCUGAUCGAUAAUUCGGGUGACCCAGUUCUAUGUGCUUGGAAGUGUAGAGCAGCUCGGCCAUGAAGGGCCGUAGGGGUAGGUAACGUCGUGCAGACGUGUUGUAUCCGUGUAUUGUUGUGUUGUAGUUGUCGGGGGCGUGCUCGUGCUCGUCAAACCAUCACGGUAUCGAGUCACGCCUUCAUGCUUUCUCACACAACGAAUCUCUCUGAAUCCUCACCAAAAGCCUCUCACAACCAAGGAAAAUAUGUAGAAAGUUCCUGUUCCUCCGCAUCUCAUCACUGCAAUAUUCGUACGUACGUACAUAACAUCUCAACCAUCAUACUAUGCUACGAGUAUAUCGAAUAGCCCCCCUGCUCGUAUGCAUCGUCAUGCUCCGGGAAAAUAUCAUAGUCAUCCUUCUCAUGCCAGUUCAUCCCAAAACACAAUCAAAACCAAGAAAACGAAAAUACUUCAGACACGACAAAAGUAUCCAAAUAGCAUACCAACACACGCUAAUCACUCUCGCUCUCUUUUGAAAAUUCUCAACUCAAACUCUUUUCAUCCAGAAAAAUAUGACGAACGCCGUUCAAAGACGCCUUUCCUUUCACCGCCAAUUCGUCACAAUAUCUCGGUUCGUCUCUAAAUCCGCCUAGCUAGAUAUCCUACCAUUACCAAGAUGUAUGCAAUCCUAAGACAAAUUAUUCCAUUAAUCCACCAAACCUUCGUCCGCAGGUAAAACGCGAAGAAGAAAUAUCUCCCUGAAAUACUCAAAAUAUAUCAUGAAUGUUCGGUGAAGAAAUGUCAGCAACGCCAUUUCGUUUGAAAGAAUAUAACGUGCCCCCCUGCUCCGAGGAUCCGCCCCCCUGCUUUGUGAAGGGGUCGGAGUCAAGCCGAAAAACAAUACGAGAGGUGCCGAAAAUCAUAACAGUACUUCUGAUCCUCUCAUCCACACUUCAAUCAGAUCUGAAAAACCAAACCCAAGCUCAAAUCAAACAAAACAAACGCCAAAUCUCAAACUAACUCAAAUUCAAGAUGAACCUCAAUGCGCCUACUUUUCCAGCCAUAAUCCCCAGCGCAUUGGACCACUGCCCCUGCCAUUGUUUCUCCCCCGUGGAUUUUCGCUCGCCUCCGCCGCGGUCGCCUUCUGUGCUCUUCGUCCGGCUGGCCGCGGCUGGAGCAUCGUCAGCAAAUCGUCCGCCUUCGUUGGGGGAGACCACAAUUGUCGCUCCAGAAGGAUUGACUCGGCAGCGGUGGAGGGCAGGUCGCGCGUUCGGAAGGGAAGAUGGUGGCACAAUCAGUUCCUUAUAAAACAGCACUCCUGAGGAGAAUCACAUGCCACAACACUCCCCCCGGUUCUGCACAGGGGUGACUGCUGUACCAAAACAAAAUAAAAUACAGUUGGACAUCCAAAAUUUCUCUUCUGCUCACGCCGUGAAACUUCAAAGUUCGUGUUGUGCCACCGAAAUGGUCUUGAGUGAUCUCUUCGGAGGAACGCAUUUGGUGGAUCUUGCUCCGCGUCAUGCUGAGUACUGCCUCUUAUUGCUGUCCUCUACGAUCUAGUCGGGAAUUUAGUUUCUGGGUCAACCUCGCUUCUUGGCUGAGUGAUGCCUCGGACUAUUUUUCUCUGCGAUCUAGUCGGAAAACGUCAGUCUUGGGUCAAGUCUCGCUUUUCGCCGAGGUCCUGCCACGCAUAUUGCUGUUCUCUCCAGCGAAAUUCUACCCAACAUCUCCUACAAACUUGCCAUGAAAUCCUACGUGCUUGCGUCAAGAAUUCUGACUGUCCUUCAAAUGCGUAAUAUGUCCACGCUUUGCUGUUGUGUCGGUGGUGACGUGGUAGUCCCACAAACAAAGUUACGCAUCAUUUUUUUUUUUUUUUUUUUACCGUACUGCUUUUGGUGUGAUAAAAGCCCCUCAUACUCUUUUCGUUGCACGAUUGGCAACUAAACUCUUGGAAGCAUAACAUCCCCUCAUACGUGCUGUUGGUGGCUUGAUAACCCCUCACACGUUCAGUUAUCUCGUUCGGGACAACCGUACUCUCUCUUUCAUCCCAACAUCACACAUUUCGCAGAAUUCCCAACACAGGAAACGAUUCAGACACAAGACAAGACAAAAAAACUUUCGGAACACAAAACAAGGCCAUAUUCGUCUUCGGACAGAGGACAUGAUCAUUUCAUCACGUGCCUGAGCGGGUCUGGGACCCUAGUAGCAGAAGUGGUGCUGCUGUAAUGCGCUGAGCCGCCCGUCGGGGGCUCGCGCGAUGGUCAGGGGGAUGUCGUCCGCGGGCGUGGUCGAUGGUUCUAGGCGCGCUCCCUGCUGCUGGCCUACCUCGUACUCUUCGCUCUCUCGCAUGACUUUUAUCUAACCCUCUCCUGCUUUCACCUCGCAGCUGACGUCCGGACUCCUGUUGACUUCUUCAGCUUCAAACCGCGCGCUCUUGUCGACGCUGCGGGAGCUAUCUUGUUCUUCGAUCCUGGCGUCCUCCGCUGCUCGGCGGGCCUCCGCUGCUUAGCGGGCCUCCGCUGCUUGGCGCGCUUCAUCUUGGCGCCUGGUAGCCAUCUUGACCCUGCUCUCGAUCGCCGCAAAGCGAUACUCCUAAACCAAGCUCGACCGCGAAUCUCGUAGACGACGUGUCAUCGCUAGCGUGAUCGAUAAUUCGGGUGACCCAGUUCUAUGUGCUUGGAGUUUAGAGCGGGUGGCCCAUGACGGGGCGUGGAUGGGUAAAAACGUGUUGGGAAACGUGUUGUAUCCGUGUUGUCUUGUUGUA